AUGCCGCGUGUACCGAAGAAGGGUGUUAAGCCGGCUACCAAGACUGCGGGAGCUGAUGCGCGGGAUCUCGCUGCUAAAGGUCAUCAUUCAGAGCCGGCGACGCCAAAGCCGCACUUGAAGGAUGCGGAAGGUCCGUUUGAGGAUGGCGUGCGGGUUUCGCUGGUGAAGAGGCUGACUGCGCUGAAGUUCCCUGCUUCUGGUGCGCCUGCUGAGGGAGGGGAUAGAACUGCUCGCGAAGAAAAGGACAAUGAGGAUGAGGUGACGUCGCCGAUCGUUGCUCCCGAGGCACCUGAGGAAGGGGAGGAAGAGGUGGAAGAUAAGGACGACGGGUAUCUCAGUGACGACCCGGAGGAACGCUUUGAUCCGGUGAAGGCUGGAGAGAUUGCUGCGCGUGCGGGUUUCUCCAUCACGCUGUUGGUUCCGAUCAAAUACGAGGAGGAGGUUCCGCGUACUAUUGACACGAUCAAGGGACUCCUUGCGCUGUGGAGGAAGUACAUGUUGGCUCACAUUCUGACGACGACCAAGUGUCAGGUCCUCUUGCCGGCAUGGUUGUCUAAGAAGCGUUACGGAAGGUUGCAGGUCACCUUCCAGCAGGCAUCGGAUGCAAACUACGUAUGGUGCCGCAGGAUCCAGCAUAAGAUGGUGACCGAGGAGAGCAUUUACCUGGACUGGCAGCACCCGGAGAACCCUGUCUACAUUCAAGAACGUGCAGCCAACCCAGACUCCAUUGAAGUGUUGCUGAAGAGCGUCCCGGCUGCCAUUACGUCGGAGAUGGUGUACGAAUACUUGGUGAAGACAGUGUUGGAGAAGCGCGGCCGGACGCCUUUUCUCAGCGGCGCAGCUUUCCACAGGGUGGUGGACCCGGUUACUGGUGCAGACACUGACAAGAUCAGGGGCCUGGUUAAGGGGCACCCGGGGGAUAAGUAUCGCUGGUGGCAUUUGUUGGCUGACUCGGAGGCGUGUGGCAAGGCGCACGGCUCCAGCUUCACGCAGGCCUUGGCGCAUGUGAAGUCGAUUCAGCACUGCACGGCAAUCCUGCAGGGAGACUCGGCAAGCAGGAAGAGCAGAGGGAAGAUGAAUUUUAUCCCGAUCCGCAAGGAGUUUGGGCUGUAG